UGCAAUUCAUUGGAAGACAAAAAGUUGGAUUUUGCAUUCGCAAGGAAGCAAAAAAACCAAAAAAACACGAGCUUCGUUGCAACCCCAAAACUGCAGUUCCACCCCGCGCUCUCUUCUCUCACUCUCUUUCGAUUUCUUCAGCUUUCAAUAUAUUUUUGAAAUCUGUACGAGCACAACCUGCUUCACAAUUUUGCUCUCCAACAGGAUUUAGGGUUAGGGUUCAGUUCUUCGUCUCUUCUGUAGUUCUAAACAUGUAUGCUGAUCGAUUGGAGGCCGAUAACCAUAGGUCUAUAAAGGACCGCCUCAAUGGAAACUCUUCUGACCUUUCUGCCCGCCGCCGGACGAUUACUGGGAAGAGGCAGCGACAAGAUGACAAGUGGGAGCAUGAUCUCUAUGAGGAUGAUGAGCCACAAACUUCAAAUCGCAGAGUUGGUGCUCGAGAUCUUCGCUUGAAGCUCCAAAAGAAAAGUCAACAGCAAAGUGGAAAUGCAUCUUUUUCUGGAGUGCGUGAUCUACGUGAAAAGUUGUCUGGCACAAUAAAGCCACAAGCUGCAAAUAAUGAUCCACCAAAACCAAAAUUGGAAGUUACAAAACCACCCCGAAAAAAUGAUACCGUCGAAGCUCAUCCUUCAACCACUCAAAAAGUUGUAGCCAAACCUGCUACUAGGAAAAAGGUGGCUCAGAAGACUGAUACAUCAGUGGAUGACUUCCUACAGUCCUUGGGUCUCGAAAAAUAUUCCAUUACAUUUCAAGCAGAGGAAGUUGAUAUGACGGCGCUUGUACACAUGGGAGAUGAAGAUCUCAAGGCAUUAGGAGUACCAAUGGGGCCAAGAAAGAAGAUCCUUUUGGCAUUGGAAUCAAGAGUAUGAAUCAUGGAAAGUGGCUAGAGUAAGGCCCUCUUCGCGGGUGUUUUAUUUUAUACCAGCUCCAAGACUGCCGUGAACAAGUAGGCCUGUCUUUCUUCCACCAGCCUUUGUAACUCUUGUUUCCUAUUCCCAUUCUUUUUCUCUUCUUUUUCUUUUUUUAUUUUCGUUUUCUUCUAUUUCACUACUUAUGUUACUGUAAGGAUCAAUGUUUAGAUAUGGAUGGAAAUAUGGGAUUUAGUAGUAGUGGGUAUGUCUUAGCUGAGGUCUUUGCAACUCUUUUAACACGCUUCCAUGGCCUCCAGCUUUUGUGGUGGUGCCUUUCAAGUGUUCAAAUAUGUUGGACGUGAAAUUAGUUUAUCAAAAAGCUUAACUUUACAUUAAGCAUUGCUAUUAGGAUAUUUGUCAUGGGUAGUUUCUUUUAUGGAA